AUGGUGCCUGUGCUUCUGCUCUUGAUGAGCAUAAAGCUGGGCUGCAGCACAGCUUGUACACUUGACUGGAGUGCGUCUUGGAGAAUCGAUUCCCAGCGCACUGACACUCUACAGUUAUUAAAAGAGAUGAAAAUCAUGCCUGUUCUCUCCUGCCUGCGAGACAGAACCGAUUUCAGAUGUCCCUGGAAGAAAGGCCAUAUCACCCAGGGAAAGCAGAGAGAAGAAGCCACCUGUUGCUACACUGAGAUGCUCAGGCAGCUUCUCCAUCUCUAGGCCACAGACCAAGAGAGAACACUCGGGCAGCUUCUCACUAGUCUGUUGAGUGGCCUGGAGGCUCUGGAGGGGACAGCAGAGCAAACACCUCCCUGUCUGCCUACGUUUGCCAUGGCCCUCCGCUCCUACUUCUUACGAAUCUCCCGCUAUCUGGAGGGAAAGGGAUACAGCAAUUGCUCUUGGGAGAUCAUCAUAGCAGAAAUGCAAGUGGCUCUUUCCACAUUCCCAGUGCCUGCAGAGAGAAUCUCCAGGAAGAGAAGAAGCUCCAUGCAGGAAUCUCCACUGAGGUGA